UCUAACUGAUCUGAGAUUUCAUGAGAUCUCCAUCGCGUCACUUCUUCAUCGCAGCAUUCUCUCUUUGGAUCAAUAGGCGACACUUUCAGCGAAUAUCGCGUCGCAGCAAUCAAGCUCAUUCUAUAUCUCAGUUUUCCCUGUUGAGUUCGGCACUGUUCAUUUCACGAUGUGGUCUGAUGUCCUCUUCAACAAAUUUUCGGGACCAAAAGAGGAAAAGGUUCAAAAAUCAGAUGUGGGCAAAUUGGAUUUGAUUGGGGACUUCCCUUUCAUUCGUUCUCCAAACGAUAUGUACUUAUCCCGAUCAUUUUCAUCCAAAGUCCCACACAUCAACCAACUGCAUACUUGGGAUUGUGGUCUUGCCUGUGUUGCAAUGGUUUUGAGAACUCUUGGCUUCGUUGAUUGUAAUACCGGGGAACUAGAAGAGCUAUGUUGUACAAGAAGCGUUUGGACAGUUGAUCUGGCAUAUUUACUGCAGAAAUAUUCUGCUGAUUUUUACUAUUUUACAGUCACAUCAGGAGCUAACCCAAAUUUUAGUAUGGAGACAUUUUACAAGGAGCAAUUACCCUCUGAUCUCGUACGUGUCAAUAUGUUGUUUCAAAGGGCACGUGAAGCUGGCAUUGAUAUUGAGUGCAGGUCAAUUAGUGCUGAAGAAAUGUCUCUAUUAAUAUUAUCAAGAAACUAUAUUGCAAUUGCUUUAGUUGACCAAUACAAGCUAAGUCAUUCUUGGCUGGAGGACCUUUGUGUUGCAAGCAUUUGCAAUGAUAGGCCUGGGUAUAUUGGUCACUAUGUUGUCAUUUGUGGCUAUGAUGAGGACACAGACACAUUUGAGAUCCGAGAUCCAGCAAGCUCACAGAAACAUGAAAGAGUAAGUUCAAGGUGUCUUGAAGAGGCUCGCAAAUCCUUUGGCACUGAUGAGGAUCUACUACUGAUACGUCUGACCAACGACAAUCCAAACAGCCCCUAAGUAGUCUUAGCCUCACAUUGUUGCUGCUUUAGGUGUCUUUUGUGGUUGAGACAUUCAUGAUCCAUAAUUCGAUGGCCCCCAACCAUACAUACUCGUAAAAACUGAGUCAUGUAUAGCUUUGUGGUGACUUCCUGUCUGAGGGUCGCUCAGAGAAAAUGUACAUUACUAUAUUUAUUGCUUGGAUGAAUAAAUGCAGUUGUUUUUAUCAUCAAUGAUGGAAAUCUUCUUUUCUAAUCCCUGCCGGCAAUUUGUAUCAACUUUAUUUCUUUUUUUGGUUAAUAAAUACACAAUACAGCUACAAUGAUAAAAAAAAACAAAAUUGGGAAAUAUAGGAUACGGAUUAUGAU